GCUCAAAUGGUAUUGAAUUGAUUUCGGUUACAACACUUACAGCGACAAAGAGGGUCUAUCAACAACUAAACGCUGUUUUCGUCUAGACUGUGCUUCUUGUUUGGUUGUUAGAAUUCGAAGCAAAUUAACAACCCGUACCGAAACGAGUUAAGUUUACGCAAUUUUUGACAUUGACUGCAAGGAACGCCAUGAGGUUCUAGUUUUUUAGUUCUAGACAGCAAUUCCAGUAGUUGAAUAAAGGACCUUUGCAGCGAACAGAAUUCCUCUGCAGUUGUAUCCAGCUGCACCACAAUACCUCGUUGAUGGUAAUCACGAUGGCGCCACGCGAGAAGUCGCGAGGCCGCUACCAAAUGUAAAAAUGUCUGGGUCUGGAAGAAUGCAACUUGUAAUGCGUAUUUCAGAACACAGAAAAGUCUCUCAUGCAUACGUAGCAAAAGCUCCCACUUUUUGCCAGCAAAAUAGGGGACGUGUCAUGCGGAUUCGGCAUUGCGGAAGGUUCUCGAAACCUGUGAUGCUAGAGCUUCCAUGCCAGACCUUCUGUGUCAUGCAAAAACAGCAUGACUCUUCCAGACCCAGACAUUUUUACAUUUGAUAGCCGCGGCGGCGGCGCAAAGUCCUCGUCGAAGUCGCGCAGCAAAAGCGGCACUUCCAUAUCCAAUGCAAAUAUGUCUUUCUCUGGAAGGAUGCAAGUUUGCCAUGCUUGUCUGGCAUGACUCAUAAAUCUGUGAUGCAGGAGCAGGAAAAGGGCCUCUUGUCUGUCAAGCAGAAACGCAGUUUGCCAUGCGGAAAACGAAACACGACAGCAGCUCAAAAAUUUGUCAUGCUGGGCUACAUAUUGUUAUUGCAGUGCGCCCACCAAUCACAUUUUAGCAUCGCAAAUUUGUUUCCAGACCCAGACAUAUUUGCAUUUGAUAUUCCAUGAAGAAGAGCAAGUCGAGCUCGUCCCGGGGGCGAAGCAAAAGCUCGAGCAAAGGCGGGAAAAGCAGCGGAAAAUCAUCUUCGACAAAAAUGAAAUCUGCCGGUACUAGUGGAACAACUGAAGAAGACACAAUCUCCCUCACCACCGCGCCUUUCACGACCUUAUACUACUUCGGCUGGUCUUUUUACGAGUCUUUGGUCUACUACACGGUGGAAUUUGUGCAGAGCCAGGCCUUUCUCUUCGCUCUUCUCCCGCUUCUCACCGUCUAUUUGGCGACGAAAUUUGUCCUGUUCCCCGAACUCUACACCCCUCCCGGGAAGUGCGGCUCGCGGGCCGCCGCGAUGGGAGCUUCAGCGACAGUCGGGGGAACAAAAUCAAACACUACAAAAUCCUUCACAACCACCGCAGGACAACCCGAUGACUCUGCUUUCGACGGCGGGAUUCUGUGGCAGGUGGAGCUGUACACGCUGGAGAUUCUGUGGUGGGUGAUCCUGGGCAUCCUUUCCUCCGUCGGGUUUGGCACCGGAUUACACAGUGGGUUGAUGUUCCUGUUUCCGCACAUCAUGAAGGUGGUCUUUGCGUCGGAGACGUGCGACUUGUCCGAUAUGCAGACCAUGUAUCUCCACCCGUGUAAGUUCGAGUGCGGGAAGCCGUUUAAGGCUGGGCAAGAGUCAACCGCGACUUUGUUCGAGCUCUGGCUGCGAGUCGUCGUGCCGGUCAUGGCCUGGGGUUUCGGUACCGCGGUCGGGGAAUUGCCUCCCUACUUCAUCAGCCGGCAGGCCAGCAUGACGAAGGGAAAACGGGAUGAAGAGUUCGAACGGGAGUUGGAGGUAUGUUUUUUUUCCACGGAACUGUCAUUUUUUGGUUGAAGAUCAUUUCAAUGCCCCUUGGCUCUUCAUUCCAGUUCCAGUUCCACACCACUACUUACCUUGUGUAGCAGCAUGAUCAUGAUCCGAACAAUGACAAUCCCGACAAGAAGCAGUUCUGUAUCUUCACAGAAAAGCAGCUUCACAAAAACUGGAAAAACCCAGGAAUCCCGCGGUGCGACCGAUGCGUUUUCGAAGAUGAAGAUGAUGACCAUCGAUUUCACGGAGAAAUACGGGUUUCUCGGUAUCCUAUGUAAAAACGUCCCCACCCCAUACUCGUAACGCAAAUCUGCAUGCUAAAAUAUUUUCUCGUGCGGAGGCCCAUGAGAAGCGUUUUAUAGUCAGGUUUCGGAAUUUGUCAUGCUCCAAUCUUCAUGGUGUGCCAGAUCUGUGGUGCUGCUGAACUAGCCAAACAGGAUUACACUACGACGCCAAAGAACCUGUGAUGCGCAACAGCCAAAGCUUGUUGAUUUGUCUAGCUGAUUUGCCAUCUUGUUGACUUUGGGGUGGGGACGUUUUUACACAGGAUAGUCGGCGUCUUCCUCCUCGCCUCGUGGCCCAAUGCGGCUUUCGACAUGUGCGGCAUGUGCUGCGGCUACCUGCAGAUGCCGUUCUGUAUGAACUGCAAAAGUAUCGUACUCGUAGUAAUUGCAUUUAUGCAUUACAAAGUUCGUUCCCAAGGUGAAUCAGCAUGACAAAUUCCAUUUGUCAUGCUGAGGUAAUUUGUGAUGGAAUUACUACUAGUACGAUACUUUUGCACAGGAUAUUCUGGACCUUUUUCCUCGCAACCGCACUGGGCAAGGGCGUGGUCAAGGUGAAUCUCCAGGCGCUUUUUUUCAUCGCGCUGUUCGGCGGCACCUUUUUCAAAAUCGUGUUGGUCCCCGUCUCCCGCUUGCUCCAGUCUCUUCUCGGAACUUUGAAGGGUCUUCUGCCGGACUCGGUGGUGAAGACGGACGUGGCGGCGUUACUGACAAAACAGUAUCCUGAAUAAAAAUUAUGUCCCCAUCCCAAAGUCAAGUUGGGAAAUCUGCUAGACAAAUCAACCAGCUUUGCUUUUGCGCAUGACAAGCUUGUCCUCGUACGUAGUAUACUCCUUUCUAACUAGUACUAUUUCAUGUUGAGCAUUACAGAUCUAGCUUAUGACGCUGAAGACUCCAGCAUGACAAAUUUCAAAACACGAAUAGAAUGUGCUCCGCACCAUAGGUUUGCGCAUGAGAAAUAUUUUGAGCAUGCAGAUUUGCAUGACAAUUAUUGGGUGGGGACGAUUUUACACAGGAUAAACAGCGACAGAAAAUCAUCUCCAAGUUCGAAAAACAAGCACGCGUCACCUUCGCCGAAGCCACCGGCGGCGCUGCGCUGCUGACGAAACCGAUGUUGUUGAAGCUGUACAAGGGCUUCGAAAAGCCGGAGGGCGUGGUGGAGCGGAUUCUGGCCUCUUUCGACGCAAACAAGGACGGGAAACUGAGCCAGGCGGAACUUGGGGCGACGAUUUCGGGGACCGACGGGAAAUUCGCCUUGGGGUCGUUGGACCCGGAGGGGGAUAGCGACUCCUGGAUGAAAAUGCUGUGGGAUCUGUUUCUCGCGGGGGUGAUCGGGUUCUUUUUUUUCAGUAUCAUUCAGCAGAUGGCGGCAACCAAGUAUGCGGAAGUGACCAGCAAGAAAAAGAAGUAAAAAUGAAAAUCAUCUACUUCGAGGAGAUUAUCCGUUGGACGAGAUAGAAGUUUUCACACCAGGAAAAAAGAGAUCGGAUUUGCCUCGGCUUCUCCUCGCUCCUCGUACUUGUCGAAAAUACUGUAAGAAAGUAGAAGAAACAGGCCCGCGUGCUGACGUUACAGAGCAUUGCUUGCACUUCUACUUACACUUGUAAACCUCUGAUCAUUUUUUUAAGUUCUACCCUUCUACAACUUCAAGUUUAACUAUUUUCAACAGACCCUCCUGUCUUGCAGUAUUUCGCAUAACACUAACACAAGACGACGAAUUGAAGAUAACAGACUCGAACCUCCUUAGUACUAUGGGAAAACAGACGAACAGGCUAGUAUUUGACUUUGAUAUGCUCGCGCGUGCGACCAACCUGUUCUUGAUCCGCUAGCUGUGCU